AUGUAUCGACGGAGAACCAUCUGUUUUCUCAUCAUCGUCCUCCUACUCCCGCCCCUGCUAGCUUCCUAUCCAUGUGUGGCCGCCGCACAUGGCCCACCACAUCAUGCUUCAGAUGAGCCCGUCGAUGUAAUUAUGAUGAUGAUGCUAGGUGACGACGCUGGUGCGUGUGGUCAAAUGAAUGGGCUUCAUUGUCAAGGGGGAAAGGUGUCAGGGAUGGGAGUUGCGAGGCACUUGGGACAGAGGAUACCACUGAAGGACCCUCCCUCGCCAAUCCCUAACGAGAACUCGGGGGUGGUGAUUCCCCUGACGCCGCCGCCACCGCCACCGCCGUCGAUCAAUUAA